AACAAAAUGGGUGCUGAAAAAGGUCAUCCGUGAUCAUGGGUCUGUGCACUGGCAUUGCUGAUGGUGCUGGGUGUGGUGAAAGCAUACCAGUUUAGAAACACAGGCACGCUUUAUGCUACAGUUGACCCCAAGAACGAGUAUUAUUAUGAAUAUGACCAGAUUAUUAACAAAUGAUAUCUGAGUAAUGGGACUGUUGUUGCCAGUAAUAAAUUAGACUCUGGAUUGAGAUUUACAGCUGUAGCUGUAGUACCUAGUGCCGAGUAUCUCUUAUUUGCAGCAGGCCCUGGAGUCUUAGGAGAAACAUUAGCUUCUGGGGUUGGUAUAUUCAGGACCAAUUCUAGUAAUUUUUCUGAAUAUUCAUCUUUAAAAAUGAACUUUCAUGAUGGCUCAUCAGAGCUUUCUCCAAGGUACGAAAGAAUAACUUUCUUUAACACAAAAAGCAACUCGAGUUUGAGAGCAGACUCAUAUGAAUUUAUGAUGGGUGGUAGAACCAACUAUGAUAAUGAUGCUUCCAAAGACACAUUCCUGUUGUAUUCUGGAGUUUUUCAUUGCAAGAAUACUACUAUCUCUAUCCAAAAAUUUUACAAAUUUGACCAAGGAAUUCCAACAGUGUACAAUCCUUCAACUAUCUCUCUAGAUGCUUAUAGUGAGAGUGGACUCUUAGCUAUUCUAGAAGACCCUAAUGAUAGCAGUAGUGCAGCAGCUCUUCUUAAGUUUAGAGGAGACACAGGCGGGAACAUAUACUAUGAGGUUGAUCUCCUGUCAUUUAAGAGAGAUUUUUCACAAAUUAAUUGGAUGAAGCGUUACCAAAAUAACUUUCAGGCUGAAGCUUUUGUCAAUGAAAAUUUGUAUCUCUUGCUAACGAUUGACUCUAAGAUAUACCUUCAAGUAAUGAACAUCACCACUGGGAGCGUGGCUACUAAGAUUCAUUACACCAUUGGCAGUAGUGAAGUGAUGUAUUAUCCUCAGAUAGGGAUCUCAACUAGGUUUAAUAAACUUUUUGUAGUUCAUAAGGUAUCCCAAUUAGCCCCUACGCUCACUGAGAUUGGAGAUAUGAGGAUUUCUAUUUUUAGCAUGACUGAUUUAUCUCUUAUGACUGAGAGCUUUACAUUUUCUAAAAACGCAACUCCAUACCAUAUGGAGAUUUCCCAAAUAAAUGAUAAAGAAUUAGUACUAAUAAAAGGAUCCCUUGAUGAUCUGACCGGAGAAGAUAUGAAAUUUACACUAGGUGUUUAUCCUCAGACCAGAACUCAAGACUUUGGAACCUGAACCACCUCGAGUGAGAUGACACUUACAGUAGCAACUGAUGAUACUAGUUCAUUUACUGUUGUAGAAAGUUCUUUAUCAGGACUCUUUACAGAUAUUCAAAUUAGCAUGAGGCUGAAUACAAGCUCUAUCACAUACACUACUGCUCCAUCCUUAGUUUCAACUCCAGACUGCUCCGUUGUAAAUAUUGUUGAGAAAGAGGUUGUUCAGAAUAUCACAACCUAUCGAAGCCAAAACUACACUCUAGUCACAGUCUCGUCAACGACUCUUUCUUCAGGAGGAGACGUUCAAUACACCAUGAUCACACCUUCAAGUUCUUUGGUAAAUUACACAGUGGGUAAUGGAAAAGUGACGUUUAAUAUUUCCCAAGAAUAUGACUUAGACCAGAAGUUCCAGUUCGAGUACUAUGCCAAGCACAACUCGAGUCUGUUCACAUUGAACAACUAUACUGUGAGUGUCUCCUGCCGGGAAGAGUGAGAGUACUGUGAUAAUUCAGAGAAUUGCACAGUGUGCAACACUCAGAAUCUAGGAUUCUGAGAACAUAUUACCAAAAGUGAUAGGAUCUUGGCAAACAUCUUCUCAAUAACAAUGAAGAUCAUAGCGACCAUUCUCAUCUUCAGAUCAGCCCUAAGACUAAGAAUAGACCAUGCAUUAUGGAUGGUAAUCGGUAUGAUCCAAUUGCUAAGAGGAAUGACCUUAAUGAAUAUUAAAACAGGGUUACUCUUACGGGACUUUCUUAAUGAGUACCUUGGCGGAUUUAUCACUCAAAUUGAUAUAAAUAUCCUUCCCAAAUUGUUGUUUAAGUCAACCACCACUGCUGAUAGGAAGUAUAGACUUUUUGGUCUUGAAUCGUACAUGUUCAUCCAUUACUUCUUCACUACAAUGAUUGUGCUAAUCAUAGUAAUGUUCAUGCUCACGUUUGCACUGGCAAUUCUAGAGUGCAUGAAAGAGUCAAAAACACGGAUUAAAUUGAUGAUAGCAGUCGCCACCUACCUCUCAUUUAACCUUUGGAUAAGAGGUUUUGCACAUUUCAACAUGACUUUGAUCCUGGCUGCAUUUUUGGAAAUUAAAAACACCAUUGAUAAUCCUAUAAGCGUCCUCUCAAUCUGCUCGAAGAUUCUUAUAGGGGUGUGGCUGAUUAUUAUGAUCAUGAUUUAUUUCUACAUGGUAAAGAUUUUUACUAAGAAAAACAGAACUCAAACAAAGUACCCGCUGAAGAUCCUUGAACUGUAUGAACCUCUACGACCAAAAGCUUUAGGAGUGAUCCUCUACAACAUGAUCUUUAUUGUCAAAAGAAUAGCAAUAGUGAUUAGUGCAGUGGAACUAGAUUCACACAGUGGUAGCACCCAGGUCUAUUUCGUGCUGUUGAUUUUCUUCCUUUCUGGAAUUUUCAGUAUAUUCUGCAUCAGAUUCAGAAGCUCAGUUACAAGUCUUAUUUUCUACAUCACUGAAAUAGUCCCUUUCAUUGGUUUCCUUCUCCUCCUAUGGUAUGAGAACAAGAGCAGCUUUGAUCCAGGGAUGGGGUUUGUUCAGCCUGAAAGCAUUAUUGAUAAGAUAUAAUCAUAUCUUUCAUUUUUACAAGUAUGUUGGCUAUCCUAGCAGCUGUUGCAGGUGAAGGAUACCUAAAACUUUACUACUUGAAGAAGGCAAAGAACCUGAAGGCUCUAGAAGCCAAAAAUGCCAACCAGCCAAUUGAGCUCAACAGGCCUAAUAAUGAGGUAAACUUCUUCAUGGAUUCCCAAUGGUUAAGUCCUAGCUUAGAAUAAUUUCAUAAUCCUCUUCGGUGGUCGAUGUAGACUAUAGAGAUGGAAAAGAUUCACGAUUUUAAAAAAGAAGUUGAGGAAAACAACAAGAAAAGGAGCAUUGAGAAAGUCAAGAAUAAGAAUAGUGUUGAAAUGUCAAAACAAAAGAAAAGUAAAAAGAAGACCAAGAGCAAGAAGAAAUCAAAGAUAAUAAAGAGUGAGAAGAGUGCAAAGAAGGCAAAAAGCAAGAAAGAUACUGAAAACCUCAAGCAAAGAAGAAGCUCUGAGAAAUCUAAGAAAAGAAGAGGUACUGAGAAAACCAAACAUGGGUCAGAAAUCUCAGAGAGUACAUUUACAGCUGCCCAAAAAAGCUUUAUUAACUCCUUACCUCAAAUUUCCAAAUCUGGCAA